AUGUUGUCCUCUAUCCGCCUUCUGCUCAUCAGCAUCCUCCUCGUCUUCACGACACAGAUCUCUGCUCAAACUGCCUCCUCAGCAACCCCGCCUAUUACCAGCAACAGACCGAUCUCAAACGGCACAACGUCCACGUCUACACCCGAUACUCCAACAUCAUCCACGGCUCCCGAUGUACAUCUCGUUGUCCCGGAACUGCACGUAGGUCGCAUUGAGCUCAUCGUCGAGAAACUCUCUGCGGACCUAAAUCUCAAUGCCAAAGUCGCUGGGCUCGUGCAGAUCAACGCCGGUGUCGCUGUAUCUGUUGAGAAAGUGAACAUCACGAUUGCAGACGUCGAUGUCAAUCUCGAGCUGAUUGUGAGGCUGGGUAACUUGGUGGAGAUUGUCGAGCGGGUGUUCGAUUCCUUGGACUUGAAUCCGUUGUUGAUCAGUUUGGUGGGCAACGCAACGGAAUUGAUUGGCGAUGUUAUUGGGGCUGUGGACGGUCUUCUUGGAUCGAUCACGCAAGGCGGGAAGACGCUGAACUUCCUCGUCGACAAUCUCGGCAACAUCGUUCAGGACGUCACAGGCGGCGCAGGAGACGCGCUCUCGCAGAUUGUCGGAAACUACCAGUUGAACAUGACCGAAGUCACGGGCAGUCUGAAGCAGCUUUCCCAAGGACAAACGCAGAAGACGUUCUCAUACGAGCCAUUGAACGCGCUUGUAGAUAUCGUGUUCAACACAGCUGGCCAAGUCGUGCAAGCAGUUGUUCAGAAAGCGACGUCGGGCGGAGGAAACAGCACGGCUACUGCUUCUGCUUCUGCAUCGGCUACACCAACACCAGUCUCGCUGACUAGCAGUGCGCCGAGCAGCACUGCGUAG